AUGGACCUGGAGAAAACCUCUGAUAGACUCUACGAAAUCCUCCAACACCGGGUGGAACCGCUGCGAGACUACAUAGCCCGCUUCAAUCAAGAGAAGGUGGCCAUUCCCGAAUGCAGCAUCUCCACUGCCAUCUCUACCUUCAAGAGAGGUCUGCUCCCCGAUGGGGACCUUUAUAAGGAGCUGACCAAAUAUCAGUGCAAGACCAUGGAAGACGUCAUGUCCCGAGCUUGGGCACAUGUAAAAUGGGAGGAAGAUGUCCCCAGGCGUGCUAAGGCACAUCUAAAGCAAGACCCCAAGGUCGUUAGACUAGACCGAACCGAGCGAGACGAAAAAUCCUCUCAAAGACCAACCAGGGAUUCCUGGAACAGAAACCAAGGCAGAUACCAGAAAGGGCCGAUCGAGAAGACAGAAGAGAUGGCAGUGUCCACGUGGCAAGACAUCUCUUACCUCUUCGUCUCAAGGCCGGAGCUGAUCGAGGUCAACGAAUUGCUUAAGAAAGGACACCACAGGGAGUUCCUUUCCGAGAAGGCCAAGAGCCAUCUAAGCAAGGAAACAACGGGAAAGCCCACUGAAGUUGCUCCCGUCUCGCCACCUCAACAGGAACGAGUGAUCCAUGUCAUAUCGGGCGGUUCAGAAAUCAACGGUAUAAGCCACACAGCCGCGAAGAAGAGCACAUGGAACGCCAAGCACGGCCUAGAGGCAGCCAAGCUGAAACGCCUGCUCCUGGGUACGGACGAAAUAAGUUUCACGGCCAAGGAGCAGGAAAAGGUUCUCACCACACAUCACGACACCCUGGUUAUAUCGCUCACUGUAGUGAAUUGGCUGGUGAAGAGGAUACUGGGUAAUUUGAGUGGUAUCAAUAAUGAAAGCUCUGGCUACAUCAUCUUCCAGGCCGCAUACAAGGAACUGGGGCUGGAGGAAAGCACUAUAACUCGGAGGAUAACCCAACUCAUAGGGUUCAGCGGAGAAGUCAAGCAAACCCCCAGAGAGGUGACCCUCCCAAUAUACGCUGAAGGGAUCAACAUGUCAACCAAGUUCCUUGUCGUUGACUGCGAUUCAUCCUACAAUAUGAUCUUGGGACGGCCUUGGAUUCACGGCAUGGGAGCCGUCCCUUUGACUCUUCACCAGAUGGUGAAAUUCCCUACACCCUGGGGCAUAAGAGCAAUCAGAGAGGAUCAAGAGCAUUCCCGCUCCUGCAACCAGACUACUUAG